AUAGUUACUUUUAUUUCCACUAGGUGGCAUCUGAACCAUGGUUUCAUUUAUGUGGAGUCAACACUCAAGUCAAUUCACUGCCAAUACAAACUGAUGGUGUUUAAAAGUGCCGUCAAGUCUCUAUUUGUGGAGUGAGUUGUGGAAGUUGUCCCGCAUCUCUUUCAAUCUCUUCAUAGCGCCGCAGAUCUCCAUCCUCCUCCUCUCCUCACUGCGGUACUGCACUCACACCCAUCCAGUUAACCGGUUGUUUCCCUUCAGAUGCUAAGCGUAUAGAAGAGCCAAACCGAACGCUGCACUUUCGCCUUUAAAGAGAAAAACACAAAUAAACGCAAUUAUUUUGUGCUGCGGAGCAUUUAACCAGGCCUCAAACUGACUGACAUCAGCAUGGGCAUAGAGAGUCAGGGUCCAAGUCACCCUGCAGGAAAUCUGAUGCCACGGCAGGUCAAGACCUUUCAAAAUGUGGAGCCCAAAGCUCUGGGGUCCAUUCAGAUCAUUAUUGCCGUGCUGUGCUUGUGUCUGAGCAUCACCAUUCUUCAGCUCUACGAAGAGAUCCACUUCUCUCCUGAUGUCAUUGUUGUGAUUGUGAUUGUUGUUCAGCUGCUUGUGUCUGGAUCCAUUUUAAUCCAUGCUGGAAGAUUCCCAUCUCUAUUCUGGGUGAAAGCCACCCUGGUUGCUCAUCUGGUCAGUGCAGCGUUCUCCACUGCUGUUCUUGGGCUUCUCUCUCGUCAUCUGCCUUACCGUCAGGACACGUACCACUGUGAGCACUGCCGGAGACUGGAGAUCUACUCUGUGCAACAAUAUUGUUACAGGAAGUGCACUUAUACUGUCGAGAGAAAUUGUAAACACUUGAUUGAUGGCUUCUUGGCUACACUGGUUCUGUUUCUGGUGGUGGAGUUGACGAUCUGCAUUGUAGUCAUCCUGUUUGGACUCAGUGCUCUGGCUAAAGGUGGUGUGCAGCUUCCUGGUUUCAGACAGCGAGAAGCUCCACCUCAGCCUGAGGCCAUCACCCCAAGCCAACCUCAGGUGGAGGUGAUGGUGUCAGAAGUGGAGACGAUGCCAGAGCGUGAACCUGAACCUAAAACUGAGCCCAUAGAAGAACUCCCCAGCCCCCCCACUGAACCUCAGGUGGCCCCCAUUGACUCUUUGACAGACGUUUGACAC